AUGUAUUUUGGUGAUGAGUUCAUUCAGAAGGUGGUUUACAAGACAAAUCUGUAUUCCACUCAACAGACCGGAAGCUCAAUCAACACGAACGUUGCAGAGUUAAGGUCCUUCAUCGGAAUUCUUCUUAUGAUGGGCGUCAUCGGGAUGCCUUCGUUUGAAGAGUACUGGGUCAAUCAAACAAGAUGUGACAAGAUCGCCAAUGUGAUGCCUGUAAAACGGUUCAAGAAGCACCGAAGGUUCAUCCAAUUUAUUGAUAACCUCCAGCCAGUUGAUACUGACAGAGCCUACAAGAUAAAACCUGUGCUUGAGCGCAUUCGGAGCAAAUGCAAGGCCACAGAGAGCGAAAAUCUCUUCUCCAUUGAUGAGAUGAUGAUCCCGUACAAGGGUAAACAGGCGGGGAACCUGAGGCAGUACCUCCCCAAAAAACCUAAAAAGUGGGGCUUCAAACUGUUUGUACGUGCGGGUGUUUCUGGGAUGGUUCAUGAUUUCAUUCUGUACACCGGCGCAACGACAUUCGAAGGUAUCAGACUUGCAGAAGAGGAUGAGGCGCUUGGUCUUGGCGCAAAGGUUGUGUUGCACUUGUGCGAGAGCAUUUCUCGUCCAAAUGAGAGCAUCGUCUACUUUGAUAAUUUCUUCACCUCGCUGGCACCGAUCUCACGACUGAAAGAAAGGUAUUCUUUGCACAGCCUCGGCGCCAUUCGAAGCAACAGGCUUCGAGGCUGCUCCCUAAAGGAUGACAAGUCAUUGCUGAUGGAGGGAAGAGGCAGCUUUGACUACAAGGUGGACAAUGUGGCAGGACUUGCAGUCGUGAGAUGGGCUGACAACAAGCUCUUGUGUCUCAAAAGACCCAGUGGAAAGAGCGAACAGGUUCGACAAGAAGGAGCGUCAAAAGAUUCGUUUCUUGCCCACAAAUUGUGA